GUGCGGAUCGGGGAGGGGGAGGCGAAGGGCUGCCUCCACUUACGCUAGGGACCUAGGGCCCCUCGCCAUUGUCCCCCUUGCAGGAGUGAGACGGAACGGGACUUCUUUCUGCCUUCUCCCCAGUGUCCCCUUUCCCCCUUCCAGAUGCAAAUACCAACCCCCCCAUCACUUUCACUCAUUAAGGGGGAGGGGAGAAAUAAACGACCUGGGGUGAUUUGGGGAGUGAGAUCCGUCCUGAGCCCUGACCAAGUCUGUUGUCAUAGCAACCCUUUCCAACCUGGAGGCCUCUUCCAGCCCCCUCCCAUUUUGCGUAUGUGGAGCCCCGAACCUCUACUAUCAUUGAUUGCACCGGGAGGAGGUUGCUAAGAGCAGAUGACUCAAGGUGGAGCCACCCUCCUUGAUCACCCUCAGCCUGAAACCUAGGGAGGAUGCCUUGGACGUCCCCGCUAGGGUCUGACAUCGGGCCCCAUGCGGCUCACCCGCUGCUGGGCUGCCCUGGCAGCCGCCAUCAUCCUCAACCUCCUAGUCUUCUUUUAUGUGUCGUGGCUACAACACCAACCCAGAAACUCCCGGGCACGGGGCCUCCGCCGUACUCCUGCCACUGGUCCCCGAGUCACCGUCCUGAUUCGGGAGUUUGAGGCCUUUGACAACGCGGUGCCGGAGCUGGUGGAUUCCUUCCUGCAGCAGGACCCAGCCCAGCCCGUAGUGGUGGCGGCCGACACGCUCCCUUACCCACCCCUGGCCUUGCCACGCAUCCCCAACGUUCGCCUGGCGUUGCUCCAGCCGGCCCUGGACCGGCCAGCCGCGGCCUCGCGCCCAGAGACAUACGUGGCCACCGAGUUCGUGGCCCUGGUGCCUGACGGAGCGCGGGUCGAGUCACCAGGCCACCUGGAGCGUAUGGUGGAGGCGCUGCGGGGGAGCAGCGCGCGCCUAGUAGCCGCCCCGGUCGCCACCGCCAACCCUGCGCGGUGCCUAGCACUGAACGUCAGCCUGCGGGAGUGGACUGCGCGCUAUGGUCCAGCGCCCAGCGCGCCCCGCUGCGACGCCCUAGAUGGUGAUGCUGUGCUGCUGCUGCGCUCCCGAGACCUCUUCAACCUCUCGGUGCCCCUGGCGCGGCCUCUGGCCACCGGCCUCUUCCUGCAGACCGCCCUACGGGGCUGGACAGUGCAGCUGCUGGACUUGACCUUCGCCGCAGCGCGCCAACCUCCGCUGGCCACGGCCCACGCGCGCUGGAAGGCGGAGCGCGAGGGGCGCUCGCGGAGGGCGGCGCUACUGCGCACACUGGGCAUCCGCCUGGUGAGCUGGGAGGGCGGGCGGCUCGAGUGGUUCGGCUGCAGUAAGGAGAGCGCGCGCUGCUUCGGGACAGUGGCGGGCGACACACCCUCCUACCUGUACGAGGGACGCUGGACACCGCCCUGCUGCCUGCGCGCGCUGCGCGAGACUGCCCGCUACGUGGUGGGCGUGCUGGAGGCGGCAGGCGUGCGCUACUGGCUGGAGGGCGGCUCGUUGCUGGGUGCAGCCCGCCACGGCGACAUUAUCCCCUGGGACUACGACGUAGACCUGGGCAUCUACCUGGAGGACGUGGGCAACUGCGAGCAGCUGCGGGGCGCCGAGGCUGGCUCAGUAGUGGACGAACGCGGCUUCGUGUGGGAGAAGGCGGUGGAGGGCGACUUCUUCCGAGUGCAGUACAGCGAGAGCAACCACCUGCACGUGGACCUGUGGCCCUUCUACCCCCGCAAUGGCGUCAUGACCAAGGACACGUGGCUGGACCACCGGCAGGAUGUGGAGUUCCCGGAGCACUUCCUGCAGCCGCUAAUCUCCCUGCCGUUUGCCGGCUUCAUGGCACAGGCCCCUAACAACUACCGCCGCUUUCUGGAACUCAAGUUCGGGCCCGGCGUCAUCGAGAACCCUGAGUACCCCAACCCUGCACUCUUAAGCUUGACAGGUGGCUGAAACCCUGGUGCUUGUGUCUGGUGCCUGAGCACAGCAGGCUACAGGAAGCUGUUCUUUGCCUUUGGAGGUCCCGUGGAUCUGGAUAAGCUUGUUUGAUUGGGCAGUGAGGCUGCGCACUGGAGAAAAAAAAGAGGUGAACUUGCCAAAGAAGACUUGAAAGAGCCCACAGGAAAAGUCCAGCUUUGGCAGGAACCCCGCCGAAGAUUGAAGCAACACAUAUUCUUAAACCAUGAGCUGGGGCUGUGUGUGCAGACCUCCUAGCCCAUCCUAGUAAUGGAGGAAAGUGGUGGCCUUUGAUGGACAGGCCCAGGGAUUAGAGCCCAUCCUCGGGGCUUCGCACAGUCUCUGCCCUGUAUUCCAGAGCCCUAGGCCCUUGGAAAGUGAGGUCCGGAGGACAGACCAGCCAGCCUCAGUCUACCACGUACAACUUAGGAGGCCCCGGACCAGUCUUGCUUUCUGCCUGUUUCCUCUCAGAUACUGAAUACCUCCAUUGGUGUCUAGAACCCUCAGGAUCCUUGGCUGCGGUGUUUGCUUCCUCCACUGGGGGGCGCAUCUGGCCCGCUCCGCCUUUGAUGACUGCCCGCUUCUCUGCUCCGUAGCCAUCUUGGAGGGGCUCUGGGUGGUGGGACCGCCCUGGCCACCUCCCCUCCUCCUUGAAUGGGGCACUUUCUUUGAGAGCGCUGCGUGAGGUAGCUGCUGCUUCUAACCCCUUCGUGCACCUGGAAGACUAGCAGGGCUCUGGUUUGGAUCCUGGCUGACGUAUUUAUUACCUCUUUCAGUCCUCUGCACCUGCUUCCUUCCCCACUUGCCAGGAGGGGUAAACCUUUGCCACAGCUCACAGCUACAGAGCGCUUCCUGGGGCCCAGGCAUACGCACGAAUGGAAUUAUCCUCACUCCUACCCCCUUAAUUGACAGCUGCUAAUACAUCCAUUUUCCAGGGAGGAUAACUGAGGCCAAAGUGGCCAAUAGGAGACUCGAGUUCAGUCCAUCAUUUCAAGGCCCUCCUUACGUCCCGCUCCAGAAAUAGUACCCAAGCGGGGCCUUGCAGUGCGCCAUUUAACAGGUUAAAAAUAACUUUCCCUAUCUGAUUAUGCAUAUAAAUCAUGUUCGAACCACUAUCACCAGGCUGUAUAUUGUUCAAUAAGGCUUAAAUUAUGUUACUUUAAAAUUAAAAAAUCCAAGAUGAAGAAA